GUGUGUGUGUGCGUGUGUGUAUGUAGAAGCGUCACAACUCAGCAGAAGAGAAACAGAAAGCAGCAGCUGCUGAGAAACACAUCAGGAUGAUACUUUGUGUCGUGGAUUUAAAAGCAGUUGGAUGAUCAAAUCACUGGAUUGUGAAGUGCAGGACGGAGCCUGGAGACCAUGGAACACCAGAGUGAUGUCUCAGCACCGGCUAACCACUCGCAGUACGGCAACUCCUCUCUGGUGUCCGACGGGACGGCGGGAACGUCGGAGUACAGCGAUGCAGAGCUGGUGCUGCUGGCCGUGGCUAUGGGUGUCCUCGCGCUGGCCAUCGUAUUUGGUAACGUGCUGGUGAUUACAGCCAUCCUGCGCUUCCAGCGCCUUCAGACGGUCACCAACUUCUUCAUCGCCUCCCUGGCAGUCGCCGACCUCAUCAUGGGUCUGGUGGUGGUCCCCUUUGGCUCCACCUACAUCCUGCUGGGGACGUGGCCUUUUGGAAACCUCAUGUGUGAACUCUGGACGGCAACCGACGUGCUGUUUGUGACGGCCAGCAUCGAAACCUUGUGUGUGAUUGCUGUGGACCGCUACCUCGCCAUCACCUCACCGCUUCACUACCCGACGCUGCUCACCAGGGGUCGGGCCUUCGCAGUGGUCCUCGGGGUUUGGGCGGUGGCCUCCCUCAUCUCCUUCCUGCCCAUCCACCUGGAGUGGUGGGUGUCGAGCGAUCCGAAAGCUCGCGAGUGCUUGGCCAAUGAGAACUGUUGCGAUUUCAACACCAACGCAGCGUAUGCCGUGUCCUCCUCGAUCGUGUCCUUCUACCUGCCGCUGGUGGUGAUGAUUUUCCUGUACACCCGUGUCUUCCAGGAGGCUCAGAAACAGCUGGAGAAGAUCAGAGGGAGGGAGAGGCACUUUUGUAACUCGCAUUACAACGCACCGCCAACUUAUCCCGACGAUAGCCGAGCAAUGAAUAAACCAGCGGGAGCUGAGCUGGAGGCGGAAGGAGAGGACAGACUAAACAUGCAGAAAACAGAAGGAAUCGACAAUGUUAUGGUGGAAAAGCCAGGCGAGAACAGAGCAAGAACAAAGCGGCUAAAGUUCUGUCUGAAGGAGCACAAGGCUGUAAAAACUCUAGGAAUCAUCAUGGGCACCUUCACGCUGUGUUGGCUACCCUUCUUCAUCCUAAACAUCCUCGUUGCCUUCCUCGACUUGGGUGACAUUAAGCUGCUCUUCAGACUCCUUAACUGGCUUGGCUACUCCAACUCGGCCUUCAACCCGCUCAUCUACUGCCGCAGCCCUGACUUCAGGCACGCCUUCCAGGACCUGCUCUGUUUGAGGGGCAAAUGGGGGAGCGGGAAAGGGAGGAGGGGGUGGGGAUGGUGCAGGGGGGGCAGAGGGCGUUACCCCAAACCCCCAGGUAGGACCAACGGGACAUCAGACCUGAAUGGCGUAAGGGGGCGGGACGUGCCGCAGAGGUCCGGGUGGAAGGGCAGUUUGGAGACCUCAAUCCAGGACAGCUCGCUGACUCUGGCUCCUUGUGGCCGUGAGCAGGUGUUGGAAGUAGCUCCUGGUUGCUUAACAAACUGGGAGGCUCACAGUUCUGCUAAUGGGAGCCGUGAGGAAAACCUGGCUUCUAUUGCUUGAGCGAUUAGGACGUUAAGAUGAACAGUUUGCUUAGUCGUGCUGUGAGCAUCAAUUUGAAUUUCAAAUCACGGCCUCCCUUUGCUGCUGUAGUUCCUAAACACAACUGCACGAGUAAAGUUUGUUCGGCAGUAUUUGGAAGCGUUUUGGUCCAAGAUGUUCGGCCAAAACGUUUUGAGGUACAAUAAGACUGUAUGCAAUGCAUACGUGCAUUAUCAAGGUGAAAAAACUAAAUGACAAGCUGGUACAAUGAGUGUGUCUCUAUUAUUUAUUACAGCCCCAUUUAUACCAACAAGAAAGGUGAUGUUUUUUAUUGACAGCCAAUUAAUUGCUUACCACUGAAUAACAGGACGAAUGUAGGAGUCAUAUAUUUACAUACGAACGACUGCUCCGUGAUUGAAUUCCCGAUUGAUUGUGAGGACAGAGCCACUGGAAGGAGGGUUGCUGGUUCCAAUUUCAUUGCACACUCUAAGGUUCCUUAAUAUUACCAUGAAAGACUUUAGAGCAGCACCUCAGAUUUCUGUGUUUAUUUUCCUGCCUCAUAAACAUCACUGCUGAUCCAAGAUGUAUUUACUGGUUUGUUUUGGGGUAUCAGACAAACAGACUUGUGACUAUGAUAACUUCCUCUCUUGGUGUUAACCUUCUUUCAUCACAAAGUUGCUGGAACAAUUUUCCUUCCGUUUUAUCUUAUCUAUCUCUUCAAAAAUGUUUCUCGACCCACUUAUCGUACCGGCUUUUGCUCUUGAAGAACAUUGUUUUCUGUCAGACAGAGCUGGGGAGAUCACUUUCAUGCUUUUUAAGAAUAUAUUUUCUUAUUGCUUAAUUUUCAUAUUACUCAGAAAAGGAAAAUGUUUUUGUCUCUUUAGUUCCCAAAUCCAAUGAGGAUGAUAAAGUAGCUCGUAUACAGUUAGUACAAGUAAAUAUGAUCUGCAUGUGUGUCUGUAUGUUUUCUGUGCUAAACUUCAAAUAUGCCAUUGAAUAUUUGUAUAUAACUUUAAUGGGUAUAAGACCUGGAAUAAGUACUUGUUGUAAAAUAUACUUUUUUAAAUAUCUGCUUCCAUAACGUAUUAGUUCUCAAAGAAAAAUAACCAAAAGUUGUUGUUUCAAGGUUGUAUCACGUCUGUUAUAGUUACACAUGUGGAUUUUAAGCGGGACUGAGACUACACUCCAAAUAAGAUUUACAUUAUAUUUCAUUUGUAUAGUUCUUGUGAAUUACUGAAACAAACAGUUGUAGCUUUUGACCAGAGGAAUGGAUUAUUUUUUCUACCUCCAUCAGAUCAUGAAUGUCCUCUCUUUUCUGCAAAUAUUUAUUAAUAAGCAGUUCGAUAUUUUUGUCAGUAAAAGAAUGACGUUUUGUAUUGUUUGAAUUGGUUGCUCGGCUGUGUGUGUGAUCUCAACAGGCAGUUCUCCAGAGAAAGAGAGAGGACAGAUAAGGUUAACAAGGCUUGACGUAUAUCACACACCACAGCUUGCUUUCAAACAAACAGCCCGAGCUAUUUGAGUUAUUUGGGCCCAACGAACAGCUGACUAUCAUUUUAACGAUCAGGAAACGAGUUUGAUGGACUGGAUACUAAUCGAAUCCUUCCUCUAAACAGUGCUGACCAAUGCAUUGGAAAUUUUUCAUUUUAGCUGUGGUGCUCACUGACAAUACUUGAGGUCAUUUGUUAAGUGGCCUGUUGGUAAAAAGAAAAACAGCGUGACCACAAGCAUGCUGUUGACAAAGCAUUCAUCCGUAAAUCUAGUCUGAUUUAAACACAUAUUCAUUAAGAAAGUUCACACUUAAAAAUCUUGGCUGUUAAAUUAUCAAAAGGCUUCUUGUCAACAACAAAAAAACAAGGGCAGGAAAUGUGAUUGUGCUGGACUUUUAACUAAAACUAUGGGACAGAG